AUGCUGGAUAUGCUGAAGACCCCAGAAAAGGAUCUCCAGCUGGAGAUUGCGCAGCUCGAGGCUCGUCUUGGAGAUCUGCGCUCGCAAUUGCACGUCAACUACACCACCCCUCUAUCUUCACACCUCGAGACCAAAUCGCCAUGGACCAUGUCGUCAGAACUAUAUAAGAAUAAUGAUAGCUAUAAUACUUUCCAAUCGACCGCCCUCCGCGCCUCACCCCUCCACGCCCUCCUCCUGCUCUCCGACUCUGCCCUGCCAUUGGGCUCAUUUGCAUACUCCAGCGGGCUGGAGUCAUAUCUCGCACAUAAUAAACCACUUCGCACAUCCCCCUCCGCCGCCUUCCACCGCUUCCUCAAGCUCUCCAUCGCCUCUAUUGCAAGCACAUCCUUACCGUAUGUACUAGCCGGCUACCGGCACCCAGAGACUCUAGAAACGCUCGAUAACGAUCUCGACGCCUCAACGCCCUGUAUUGUCGCUCAGCGCGCAAGCGUUGCCCAAGGCCGAGCCUUAAUAGGCGUGUGGGAGCGGGCGUUCCGGGCGAGCUUCGCAGCACCCGGACCGAGCACCGACGCGGGAGCCCGGGUUGCGGCUGGCGCUAUCGACGAUUUCGCGGAUGCGUUGAAGUCAAAUCUAGAGGUGGAAGAAGAAUAUGAUACGGUGCCCAAGGGCCAUUUUGCUCCGCUGUGGGGCGUUGUCUGCAGGGCCAUGGGCUUGGAUCUGCAGCAGACUGCUUAUAUCUUUGUUUUGAACCAUGCGAAGGCAGUUCUCAGUGCUGCGGUGCGGGCGUCUGUGAUGGGACCGUACCAAGCGCAGAAUAUCUUGGCGAGCCAAAGCCUGCAGGAUACAAUGAUGGGUAGGAUCAAGCGGGAGUGGGAUACGCAGGUAGAAGAGGCUGGGCAGGUGGUUCCGGCGCUAGAUCUUUGGGUUGGUCGCCACGAGCUUCUGUAUAGUCGGAUCUUUAAUUCAUAG